UAGCUCAUGGCUACGUCAAUCCUCGGAUUGACGAGUCCAUAACGACCCCGCAGCAUUCAAACACAGCAAUCUCUUUUCUCUGCACUUCUAAUACAACUGCAACCAACCCAAUUGAGUUUUAAAAAAAAGAACAAAAUGUCUUCCAACAGCCUCAACUACCCCCUCCUCGCCAUCCCGGCCUACUACGUCUUCUCCCUCAUACCCCACGGCUACGCAGGCAGCCUGCUCUCCUCGAAUGGCUACAAAGUCAACAAUGCGAAUCCCAAGGCCUCUCUAUCCCCAGACGCUGUAAAAGGGAAAGUGCCAGAUGCAGUUUUCCAAAAAUACCAACGCGCUGAAAACGCUCAAUCAAACAACAUGGAGCAACUACCACUUUUCGCCGCAGCAGUGCUCGCGAGUAUUCUUGCUGAGCGCACAACGGCCGUGGGGCUGGGACGGGAAGUAGUGUCUGGUGACGCAACGGGCCUGACGACGUUUGUGGCGGCGUGGUUUGCGGUUAGGACAGCGUACGUGGUGUCGUAUGUGCAGAUUGCGGAUCACGCAACGAGUUUUGUGAGGAGUAGCUUUUGGGCGGUUGGAAGUGGGUUGGCAGGGUAUCAGAUUUAUAAGGCAGCGGCAUUGUUGGGGUAAGGGGUUUGCUUGAAUUCGUGUACAAAAU